CCUUAAACGAAGACUCGGGAGGUUCCUUUAAUCUCAGCCUUGAUUAGGUAUUCUCCUUCAGAAUAUCUCUCGAAAAUUUACGCCUAGAUAGGAGCUCUGGUUAAUCCUUACCUAGUGCCUAUUGAAUUUGGUAAAGUGACCAUGAUACCUCCGACCGUUAUUCGAUCCUGUCCUUCGGCAGACAACGACUUUCAGCCCUUAACUGAAUACCAAGCUCAAACCCCAGAGACAUUCUUCGACGGCAAGCCAGUUCUGUACUUUCAUGAUGAAAAUGUGAAAGCCUGGGUCUCAAAAGAGCAAGAUACACUCCUGUACAUCUUCUCCAAGCCAUCAGAUGACGCCAAUCCGCCACUCAGCCCUUCCCCACCGGAGUCCUAUGCGCUCGAAAACAACGGCGGACAGCACAUGCGUGAGGAGAAGGUUGAGGUGUUCGUUGCAUCAAACAAAUUAACACUUUUUUCUCAUCGGACUGGGACUGGUAUCGAGAUACCAUAUCCUGCCAUCACACUUCACGCGGUCAAGAACUUCCGCCACGUGGAGAAACCCGAUGAUGCCUCAUUCAAGUUCACCGGAGUUUACAUGCAAAUUGAUUUUCCAGGUUCCGAUGAGCAGGAUGAGGAAGGCAGUGAUCCGAUCGAACUCACCCUUAUUCCUUUCAAGGCCUUACCCGAAGGACAAUCCUCCACGGAGACUCCAGUUAUCGACCCUGUAAAUAAUGAAAGGGCCACCGCUUUGUUCAAUCAAUUAUCCGCAUGCUCGAAUCUGCACCCAGACCCUCAAGACGAAGAGGACGACGCGAUGGAAGGUGAUGGAGGUGACUUUGAUUCCAUUAUUUUCGAAGGGAAUGUGGAAAAUGAAGCUAUCGAGGGACUACCCGGCGCUUUUCGAGGAAACGUCAACGGCGGUCUCCCACCUCCGAUGCCGGGGAGCUCUGGUUGGAUCACUGCUGACAAUGUUAGCCAAUAUUUCGACGAAGACGGCAACUGGAUCGGAGGAGAGGGUGUAAGUGGUGAACUUGGAGAUGGGGCAGGCCGUGUCCGAGGACGUGACGAAGUGGAGGAAGACGGUGAUGAUGGUCAAGUCAAUGGCGAUGAUGCUGACUCGAAACGUCCACGAACCGAAUAAACGAGCCGUAUGUAGGAGGAUGUGCCUUCAUUCCCUAAGAGAGAUCCGCGGCUUGUCUACCUUAGAGACGUUCAAACACGAGUAUAUCAAUUGAAUGCAUUCGCUCAAUAAACCAAGUGAACGAAGCUUCUCAACAUACCGAUGUUAAAUACCCGAGGAAGCUGGAUUAAUAAAUUUGACCAACACCCCAAAUAACCAAGUAAUUCGAUCUC